AUGAAGGGCGAUUGCAGGAUGCAUCAUGCUGUCACCGAUCGUCGUCAUAAUAAUAAUAAUAAUCUGCCCCUUGCACCUUGUCGCCCACUCCCUCCAUCUCUCUUCUUCUUCCCUGCGCUCCGGUGUUUCCACCAGCCUUUCCACUCGUUUCAUCCUCGCUUACUUAGACGCGCGUGGAUCCCCCUUCAGCUCGCCCUCCACAGAUCACUCGCAGAACAAGGAAAAGAGGCUUUCCUUGCAGUAGCCAUCGCGCGAUCUCCUUCUGGACAUCUUGACAAAGGCUUUAUGCCGUGCAUCGUAGUGGCCUCCAACCCGUCCGUUCGCCGUGGAUGA